UUUUUUCGGGAUAUCGCUAACGACAUGAAAUGAAGAAGGAGAUAAAGUUCUACUAAACAUAAAAUAAUUUAAGUAAAAGAACCAUUGAGAUACUUUCAACCUGUCAUACUUAAUAGCUUUUGGGGCAGGAUUAACAGAGGGGCGCUCAAACGCGAAGGCAGAAGACGGAUUUUGUGCUGGUGUGAAUCAUCUUUAAGCAUGAACGAUCUUUUCCGUGACGUGCGUUUUGCGCGAAACUCGGAUCUGGAAAGCUAAAGUGGAGUAGUUGGAAAUGAGUAAAAAAGAUAACGGGGCUGCCCUCAUCCUUGCCUACCUAAAUGAGAAGAACCGGCCCUAUAGCGCUCAGGAUGUCUUCUCAAAUUUACAAAAGCAACAUGGGCUGGGCAAAACGGCAGUGGUCAAAGCCAUGGAGCUGCUGGCCCUGGAAGGCAAGAUAAAGGAGAAAAUAUAUGGCAAGCAAAAGAUUUAUUUUGCUGACCAGGCUCAGUUCAAAGAUGUGAACGAUGCAGACCUGAAGUCAAUGGACCAUCAGAUCUCAGAGCUCAGUGGAGAGGUGCAGUCCCUUACCCAGAGUUGCAGACAGCUAGAUGCAGAACUGAAGGAGCUAAACAGCUCCCUUACAACAGAGGAAAUGGUGUCAGAGAUCCAGGAGCUAAAAGCAGAGUGUUCUGGGUACAGAGCCCGACUGGAGAAGAUAAAGUCAGCCUCAAAUCACAUCACGCCAGAAGAGAAGGACAAGGUUUAUAAAGAACGAGAUCUCUACGUUAAAGAGUGGAAAAAGAGGAAGAGACUGGCUUCAGACAUGAUAAAUUCAAUCCUCGAGGGUUAUCCAAAGAGCAAAAAGGAGUUCCUGAAGUUGGAGUGGAGACUGAUGAGGACUGUAAAGUAGUUCUUCCACAUACUUGAACAAGAAAGUUCUUUUACAGUCACCUUGCCACUAAUCUAAGCAAAUGGAUUACACAGGAAAGCAAUCUGAAGCCCAGAGAAUACUUUAUUUAUCGCCCUUUAUUUUGAAUAAAUAGUUCAACUUUAAUAAAUGCUUUAAUUGAAAAAAAAAGUUCAUAACUGAAAGUAUGUUUUUAUAAAAAACUGUUUCGUUGCUUGUGAAACUCUUAACACUUUCACAUCAAUUGACAACACAGUCAUGCUCUUCACCUCAAAGGCAACGCUGGUUUAAAUUUUCCCUUCUAAAGCGAUUUAACCAAUCCUGAGCUUUCCAGUGAAAAUCUCAAGGCUUUAUUUAAAUGUUUAAAAUCUAUACAUUCUGUUGUUCUUGUUCAACUCCAUCUUGCUUUAUUUUCUGAAAGCAUAACUUAAAAUGUAUAAUGUAUAUAUCUAUAUUUUUUUAAUUACAGUUGUACUGUUUUCUGCUUAUUAAAUGUUCAACACCAUAAAUUCUGAUGCUGAAGCGCCACAAUUGUUUUACUUUAAUUCUUGUGAAGCAUAAAUAAAAUACAUUUCAUUAGCUGCACAGUUGGGAACCACCGCCUAGCUUUAUGAUUUUUCCUGUUAUUGUUAUGCACAGAUGCUUCAUUUUCACAUAAUUUGGAUGACAAAAAAACCCCUCAGUGGCCACUUUAUUAGGCAAACCUAUGAAAUUGAAUACAAUCAAACACAGUGUUCUCUCAGAGGUACAGAUUUAAAACCUA